CGCACUCACCCACUCGCUCCCUCACUAUCAGAUUGCACAUUCAGAUACACAAACACACACAAUCCCACAUUUGAAUUGCAAGUGAGCUCUGUUCACUACCAGAGGAGGUAAACAGAGGGAACAAGUUAAAAGAACAGAAGGGGGGAAAGAGAGAAGAGACAGAGAGAAGAGAAGAGAAGAGAAGAUAACAGAACAGAAGAGAAGGAAACAGGCUUCACUGACCGGAUGACAUUCACACAGUUUUUAGCAGGACAAGCCUCCACGUGUGGAGGACUGAGAGACAGAGAGUGAGGAGAGUGCCUGAGGAGCUUUGCACCACACCAGGGCACACAGGAGCUGGGACAGCCCUGAAGGGACACCUCCUGAAGAAGUAGGGAGUGAGCAGCACCCCAUGGGACACAGAGUCAGAAGAACACCCGACAGCAACCUGCUGUCGCUCCUCCUCUCCUCUCGACCAGCUCUCAUCCCCUUCUCCUCCUCCUCCUCCUCCAUCCUUGCUCCCUCACUCAUUUGAUCCCAUCCCUCACUUCCUGCGCAGGAGAGGGAGAGCAUGCACUGAGAGAAGAGCCUGGGAGAUAUCCAAGACGUGGCCACUGAGGAAACUUUAAGAGUGAAGACAGACAGGAGGAACCAGUCAUGGCACUCAUGUUCCUGUCGUGGUGUCUCAGUGCAGCUUUGGCACUGUUUUGUGUUUCUUCAUGGACCCAGGUCCACGCAUCCCUGGCACCUGAGAAUGAGGUGCCACUUCGCCCAACUACAUGGUUCCCAGAAGGAAAGAUCACCUCUGUAACUCUCCCCAAAGGUCGGACUCACAGGCUGUACUUCACAUUAAAGAAGAAGGCUCCGGCAAUGUCGGUGACUGUCAGCCCCUGUGACCUCCCCAUUGAAUGGAGCUUGUCAGCCCGCACCCUGAAGGACAAACCCCUCAAGAACCUGCAGUGGAGCACAAAAAAGAGUAUGCCCGAGGUGUGGUGGCGAGGUCCUGGGAUUGAGGAAAAAAUGCACAGCUUCACAGGCAAUGCAGUUGACACCUACAGGGGUCCUUCCCAUCCCCAGGCUUCCAUCUACAUCCUGAGGCUGCGUUCCAAACAGCAGAACAGCAAAGCUACAGUGUACUUCCAUGAAGGCCUGGGCCCCUCAGGUGCCUUCCCUCUGCUCCCAGCUGACCCUCGAGUUCACACAUUAGGCGUAGGCAUGACCAGUGUCACCCUCAGCUGGGCUCCCAGUGCCUCGAUAACCAGUCUCCCACAGACGCAGAAAAGCUAUGAAUACUGUGUCCUUGUCAACUCUCUGCAAAACGUGCCCAGCGUUUGUGCUGCACAAGAAAGCAAAAGGAAAAAGAAGGACCAGAAACAAGAAAAGAAGGAAAGGAGGAGAGUGACAGUGUGGCCAAUUUUGAAAGAGUGGUGGUGGCAGCAGUGGGACUCUCAUCCUGAUCCCCAGAGUCCACCUUCCUCCCUUGCUGAUGAUAAUGCUGAUCUCCAGUGUGUGUGUCAGGGGACCGAGAGUGUUUGCACCAUCUCUGAGCUCCUGCCUGACACCCAGUAUUACUUUGACGUCUUUGUGAUCGACAGGCUGAACGGGACCAGCAUGGCGUACAAGGGGACAUUUGCUCAAACGCACGAGGAGGCUCAGCUGAAGAUUACCACACUAAGAGAAGGGGAGCUGAGGUGGGUGACCUUCCGUGACAGAGGCUCUAACUCAGAGCAGUUCUUUAUUUUCCGUCCUCGGGGCUGGCAGCAGAGUGGCCUCCUCACCUUGCAGAGCUGCAGUGGAGCCAAAAAGGUUAAGGUCACCGUGUCCAGCAAAGGUCAGGUUUUGACCUCCCAGGCAGUGGGGGAAGAUUUAGUGCACAUUUGGCUCCAGGGAAGUUCGUCCUAUCUCAUCCACUUGGAGAGGGAAGGAACUACUACAGGCCAGAAUUCUGCCGCUGCAGACCUAGCUCUACCAGGAGGUCUGAUGGCUUCAGUCAAAAUGCAGACCUCCUCAGCCUACCACCGCAAAGAGGUCCCAGCUCUGCCCUCAACCUUGCAGAUAAAAUCGUUCAACCGGCUGCGUGGUUGCAACAGUGUCACCCUGGCGUGGAUGGUCACAGAGCAAAGAAACCUGUACUGCGUGUACCGCAGAAACCUGGGAGACCGCGAAGGAGAGACAGGGGGAGCAUCAGCUCUAACUGCGCCCUGUCUGGGGCCAGAGUCCCGCUCUGACACCGAGAGGGUUCUCUGCAAGUAUUUCCAGGAGCUGAAUCCUCUGCGGGCCGUCACUACAGCUGUGAUCGGGGGGCUGAAACCAGGGAUGGCCUAUGUGUUUGAUGUCUAUCUAAUGAGACGCUGGGGGAUCCCUAUUAAAUAUGCCAGCAAGAUGGUGAAGACCAGAAAGGAAUGCUGAGCUGCCGCCCCCUACAGGUUGUUUUUUAGACUGUCCCAGUUUAGGGGGAAAUGCAUCGGCCACGGACAUGAGACUGACCAUGAGAACAAAGCCAUUUGACUGUUGUGGAGAGGCUGUUACCGUAACAAGGAAAUAUUCCAUGAAAGAGCAAUGGUUUUAUUUAAAUUCCACUAGCACUAUCCAUGCAAGUGGAUGGAUGGCAUAGGAGAAUGAUCUGCACACCAGCAAAAGUUCAUAACAUUUACAAUACAACUUAUGUGCUUUCAUCAUUUUGUUUUUCAUUGUUGAUGAUAAUGAUGAUGAUGAUGAUGUGCCAGUUGUCCAACUGCUUAUUUUGUGUUGUGUGAGUACAAAGGACAGAUGAGGUUUAUGAUGACAGAAUGUCAAUACAAAAACAACAACAACAACAACAACAACAGAGACUGUGCCAAAUAUGCAACAGAAACAGAUGGGGCAAUAAUUGGACUACAUCUGAGACAGGGGGGUUUGCAUUGUAUAUCUCCAGUGCUGCAUAUUGUACAGGCUUAUAAACACAGAUGGGUGCAAUCUACAGAUGCUUAGUUCAAAGUCAGUGUGUAUCUUUGUGUUCUGCUUUCGCAUGAAGCAGUGAAAAAUACUUAGUGACUUGCCUCAUUGUCUUUGAUGUAUUCUUGUGCUGCUUCAAACGCACCAAUAAAUACUAGGGUACCUGUA